AUGCACCAUGAGAUUAGUUAUGAAUCCCUCAGUGACUAUGUUGCGGUUGCUGCUGGCAGAUCAUUCGUCAAAGGCUGUCAAUUGUUCAAGCUCAAAUACACAUAUGUCGAUGUUUGCGAAAAUGAUAAUGGGAGUGCUAAGUGUCUCGAAGCAGGCGAUGCAACUGGGCAACAAGGACCCCUCAUCCAUACCGUUUCUAAGACCAGGAUGCCAAUACCUCACCUGGAGCAACCCAUUGUAUCAAAAGCCAAGCCGCCUUUCAGGGUCAGCUUUCUUGAAGCUCAGACAAUCCAGACUGCACAGAUUGUUUUCUCAUCACAGCCUGCUUACACGUUUGAGAACUGGGACGAUUGUGUUCGUUUUCAAGAAGCUCUGCUUGCUCACAAGGUUAUUUUUGUGGGCGGCAUAGCAGAAGCAAAGUCCAAAGGACGUGGCGAAGAAUGCAUCAGUCAAAAUCUGCGCAUCCUUCAGGCACCAAAUGGUAUACAGACCAUUAUCUUUUUUGCCAAUUCACAACGCAAAGAGCGCAAACAAUAUAUCUCGAUCCCAGUAAGUUGUAUCGAUCAGAUCGACCAGAACAAAAAACCCGGACGACCCAUCUCUCUCCGAUUACAGCCCAACUUCAAACUUCUGUCGGAAUUAAAGGUGCUGCACAUUCAAUUUCUUGACGACGAUGACCAAAAGCAGUUUUACAAGAUUCUCUGUCCAAAUGCCAGUGGCUAG